AUGUGUCGAGAACAAUUAAUCAAUGAUGAAAAAGUUGAUUCUAAUACAGAACCUGAACAAGAUAAUCAAUUAAUUGAACAAAUUCAUAAUGAAUUAAAUGAAUUAUUAUUAAGAAAUAUUGAUUUACAAAAAGAAAGUGAAAGACUUAAAAAUGAAGCAAAAAAAUUAAUUAAUAAAAAUCUUCAAAUACAAAUUAAAGCUCGUUUAUUAAAAGAUAAAUAUUAUUAUCGAAGACGAUAUUCAUUUUUAAUACGUAAAAAAUCUUUUAAUUUUAAACAAUUUAAAAAACAAUUUAAAAUUCAAAGAAAAAAUUUUUCUAAAUUUCAACAUCGUUUACAUGAUAAAUAUGAACAAUCAUUAUCUAUGAUUUUAUCAAAUAGAACAACCAAUUUACAACAACCACAACAACAAGAACAAUCAUCAUGUCAACCUAUACGAUCAUCAAUAUUAACUGAAUCUAUUCAUUAA